AUGAGAGACCAUCGUGUUAGUCUCGUGGUGGAGCGGCCUGGGGGGCGGUUGUCGACUCCGAUGACCCCGUGGCAGAUUGGGACCGAGGUCGUUCGGAACGAGUUCGUUCCUGUCGAUAGACACACGUUGCCAGCGACAGCCUUUUACUCGGACAAGGACCGAUUCACGCACAAGUAUCCGGCUGAUCCGUCUCAGAACAUGGUCCUAAUAGCCAGGAAGUCAGGCGAAUCAGAGGAAGAAUCCGACUACAAGGGGCAGUACAGGAUAUGGCCGGGAUUGCUGCUGCUUUUCACAAUUGUCGCGGUCGCCAUGCUUCUCAUUACGAAAGGAGCAAUGGACACAUACCAAGCACGCACAGCACGUGCGAUGGACUAUGAGCAGCACGUGGCAGGCAAGCGCUCGAUUAAAGACGGCAAAACGGACGACAACAUCAUCAUCUCGGAUGACGGACAAGUCGGAAACCCAAAGUCGUACGAUACCAGCGUCACGUGUGAGAUGCCCGACUAUCAGAGCAAGAACGGCCAGAUCGUGGCGGUUGCAGCUAAUGGGACUGAAGUUCCCAUUCAAAUCAAGGGCGUCAACUGGUUCGGUAUGGAGACAGCACUUGCAGUUCCAUUCGGACUUUGGGAGAACGCUGACAACGGCACCACAGCGUACGAGAUCGCGGCGUUCUUGGCACGACACAACUUUAACGCAGUGAGAUUACCGGUUUCUGUCGAGAAUAUUCUCAACAACAAUUCGCCUCAGAAAGGUGUGAUCAAUCUCUCGAGCAACCGCGCAAUCAAUGGGUCGAACUUCAUCUCCACUCUACAGACACUCGUCAAGUCUCUCGCUUACCGCAAUGUCGGUGUGUUGAUUAGUAUGCACCGACUCACGAACAAAAAGUCAGGCGCUACAUGGUUCGAUGAAGAUCUCGGUGUGACUCAGGACGACUUCCUUAGUGCUGUUGAUAUCGUGUCGUCCAACCUCUGUGGCAAAGAGUACUGGAACGUCAUGGGACUGGAUCUGAAGAAUGAGCCGGAGAAAGCGACGUGGGGGACUGGAGACGACGACGAUUUCGUGGCGGGGUGUGAGAAAAUAGCGAAGGUGAUGCACGGUAAUUGUCCCCAGUGGCUGGGCUUCGUGGAGGGUGUAGUGUCCACACAUACAGUCACGAUUGGUGGUGAGGAACUCGACUACUACGACUGGUGGGGUGGUGGUCUGCAGAAGGCAAGGGAUACUCAACCCAAGUUCACAAUCGAGAACAAAGUAGUGUGGGCACCUCAUUACUACACCACUGCUGUGGCCCCACAGAGAUAUUUCUAUGGGGACGGAACGACAUCGGACUUCUCGACGUAUGUGGAGCUAUCAGAUGAAGAUCUUCUUGCACGUGUGGAGGGGACGAUGGAUGACAUGUUUGGGUACUUAGCAGACGACAAAGGGUAUGCUCUGCUCUUGGGGGAAUUUGCAGGUUUGUACACUAAAGACGCUCAUCCCAAAAAGACGACGAAGCGAACGACGGAUCUGACGAUCCAAGUGCUGAUGGAAAAAGAGUACGCCGGUGGAUUUAUGUGGUCGUUGAAUCCAGAGAGUGAGUACCAGUACAACCCAGCAGACACGGAAGGAGCGUUUACGGAAGGCAUGCUGCUGGAUGAUUGGCUAUCUCCGAACAGUGAGUUUCUAGAUGCGUUUACACCUAUGGAUGCUAUGCCGAAUCUCCGCAAAUUCCCAUGCUUCCCUGUUAAUAAAGACAGAUAG